AGUUAGUCCAAGUGCAGAGCAAUAGGAGGUCGCGCUGAGAUCUCACCUUUCAGUUAUGUAAGUCUCACUUGAUUUAACUUAAUUUAUUAUUUUCGAACAAGCUUUAUGAAAGAGCACAACUUAGCCCAUUUCCCCCCCCAAUUCAGUUACUGGAACUUCGGCAAGCAGAAGAACUGGAGAAGUCCAUUUAACAUAAAAAAUGAGUAGGAGUUUAACUGACACCUUAAUUUACGCAUUUGCGCAUGUGUGUUUAUUAAGUUGCAUUGUACGAACUGGUCUUUCUCAGCGUCAGGGCAACAGUGGAGCGGCAGCUCUCAGACAAACCUUACAAUGGCAGCACAACGGCAAACUCUUUAGUAUAUUAAGUCAAGGCUCGGAAUAUCAGCCACCGUUAAAACGAGACGCAAACAAAGAGCAGACGCAAGCCAGGCCGAUAGCCAUCGUCCGCAACGAUGAUGCGGCCACGAGAACCGACGGCUCAGCUGCUGCUGCUUCACUGCGACCCUCCCAGAGCCGCAAGUCCGCGCGCUUGCAGUCAGGUAUCGGUGCGCGCGGUGGUGCCUUGCGCUGGUCAUCAGGUGGAGAUGGAGCGCGAGCCAGAGGAUCACGCGGGCGCAGGAAUCAGACGGAGCAGCUGCAAACAUCAGUCAACGGCACCGACAGACCCGCGCUGGAUGAUGAAAUGAUGGUUGGAGAUGAUCCUUACAACCCAUACAAGUCUAAUGACCCGGACAACCCGUUUUAUAACGAGUAUGAUGCGUACGAGAGACCCCGUCCUGCAGCGCGCCCGGGAUAUGGCACAAGAUACUCCCAGUAUGGUUUGCCUGAUCUUGUUGGAGACCCAUACUACAUCCAAGCGUCCGCCUAUGUGCAGAGCGUUCCAAUGUACAAUCUCAGAUGCGCCGCUGAGGAAAACUGCUUGGCGAGCACUGCAUACAGAUCCAGCGUGAGAGACUACGACACGCGCAUGUUGCUGAGGUUCCCGCAGCGAGUCAAGAACCAAGGUACCGCCGACUUUCUUCCCAGCAGGCCGCGCUACAGCUGGGAAUGGCACAGCUGCCAUCAGCACUACCACAGCAUGGACGAGUUCAGUCAUUAUGACCUACUGGAAGCCAGUUCUCAGCGAAGAGUAGCAGAGGGACACAAGGCCAGUUUCUGUCUGGAAGACACGUCCUGUGACUACGGCUACUACCGACGAUACGCCUGCACCUCCCACACUCAGGGCCUGAGUCCAGGGUGUUACGACACUUACAAUGCCGACAUCGACUGCCAGUGGAUAGAUAUUACUGAUGUGAAACCUGGAAACUACAUCCUCAAGGUUAGUAUAAAUCCCAGUUACCAGGUGCCAGAGUCGGACUACAGUAACAAUAAUGUGCGCUGCGAUGUACGUUACACCGGAAACUAUGUUUAUGUUUCAGGAUGUCAUAUUUCACAGUAUUAAGAAUCUACUAAAGGAUCCUAAGGAAUAGGGAAAGAUAAUCAGAAAUGAAGUUUUUGAUGAU